UGACCUGGGAAUUCGGUUGUGACGUCAGGCCGGAGUGAAUUAAGAAACGUGGCCUUAGCAGAGCAGCGGAAGGGUUUGUUUAGAAAGUCGGCGAUCUUUAGAAGUCCUUCAUUUGACAGUCCUGUGAUAGUUAGAAUUUGAAAAUCGUACAGCAAUGGCCGAAGUUGAGCAGCCCUUUCCGGAGGAAUCCGUUCUGAUCAAUGCCUCCAGCAGCAACGGUAGUGACCUGGCUAACGUCACGGCGGCUAAGUUCGUGUCCACGCCGGAGGGAACGGCGAUAGCUUACGGUAGCCUGGUCUUUAUGGCGCUACUGCCCAUAUUUUUUGGUGCGCUGCGCUCAGUCAGCUGUGCCAAAAGCAAGAACUCCUCGGAUAUGCCAGAGACUAUUACCAGUAGAGAUGCGGCUCGCUUUCCUAUAAUUGCUAGCUGCACACUUUUUGGACUGUACCUCUUCUUCAAAAUAUUCUCCCAAGAGUACAUUAACUUGCUUUUAUCAAUGUACUUCUUUGUGUUGGGUGUUUUGGCAUUAUCACACACCAUCAGUCCACUCAUGAAUAGAGUUUUCCCUGAAAACUUUCCAAAUAAACAGUACCAGCUGCUUUUUACCCAAGGUUCUGGAGAAAGUAAGGAAGAAAUUGUGAACUAUGAAUUUGAUACCAAAGACCUUGUGUGCCUUUGCUUUAGCAGUGUGGUUGGUGUUUGGUAUUUACUGAAAAAGCACUGGAUAGCCAAUAAUCUGUUUGGGCUUGCUUUUGCGCUGAAUGGUGUAGAGCUACUUCAUCUCAACAAUGUCAGCACAGGAUGUAUCCUACUAGGAGGUCUAUUUAUCUAUGAUGUGUUUUGGGUCUUUGGGACAAAUGUCAUGGUGACGGUGGCCAAAUCUUUUGAAGCACCAAUUAAAUUGGUUUUUCCUCAGGAUCUUUUAGAAAAGGGACUUGAGGCCAACAACUUUGCCAUGCUUGGUCUGGGGGAUAUUGUUAUUCCAGGUAUUUUUAUUGCUUUACUGCUACGUUUUGAUGUUAGUUUAAAGAAGAAUACCCGUACUUACUUCUACACCAGCUUUUUCGCAUACAUAUUUGGUUUGGGCCUGACAAUCUUUGUUAUGCAUACUUUUAAACAUGCUCAGCCCGCACUACUUUAUCUGGUUCCAUCGUGUAUUGGUUUCCCAGUCUUGGUUGCCUUGAUUAAAGGAGAAGUUACAGAAAUGUUCAGCUAUGAGUCUUCUGCGGAGGUUAUGCCGCACACUCCCAGGCUCACCCACUUCCCCACUGUGUCCGGCUCUCCUGCCAGUCUUGCUAAUUCUAUGCAACAAAAACCCUCCUCUCCCCGCCGCAGGCGACAUAAUCCCAGCUCAAUGUAGCUCCUCUGUUUGAGUGAACAGAUAUGAAGAAAACUCUGCUGAACCCUUGGAAGAUGCCACGGAAGAAAAAGAAAAGAAAGACAUGUAGCGGAGAUUGAGUUGAAGAUUCUCCUACUGUCUGAACAUUUCAUGCCCAUUUGUAUUGAUAUUGCUGAUGAAAUUCUUCUUGUUCCCUAUUUUGUCUAUGAAUGUGGUUUUAUGAGGAAGCAAAUGAUAUAAAAUAUGAACAUAUAUCUAGAUGACUAGAUAAAUGUUUAUUAUAUGUCUGAAUUUCAUACUUUUUGUCCUCGGUCCCCUCAGUGAAACUUGGGCCCAUCAAAAUGUAAGGAUAUCGGUGCCUAUGUAUUACAUUUUAGUUGUUUUUUUUUUUGGUUUUAUUAUACUUUUGCUCCUUGGUAAGGUAAAGCAGUAUGUUAUUAUGGUUAAACAAGAAUUUUAAGUUUUAUUGCAUUUAUGUGGAAACCUCCUGAAUGUAAAUGCCCCUGUCCCAUGCAAAAAAAAAAACAUGAUAAAACUAUAUAAGAAGAAACAUUAUUUAAGUAUUGUAUGUAUACUUUGUAGUUGGUACAGUUCUGCUUUUCUGUGGCCUUUGUUUUGUCUUUGACAUUUAAAAAUUGUGAAAGGCAGCUAUCUCAGUUACAGAUUUGGUCUGUUUUGAAGAAUAAUGUAGUUAUAAUGUUUUUUUUUGUUCUUUUUUUUGUUUUGUUUUUUUUUUAAAUCUCCCCUAUUCAUUUUUCUUCCUACAAUCAAUGAAAUGAUUUUGGGCACAGUUUGUUUUCUUUGAAAGAUGGUUCUCAAACAUGAAGUCAAAAAAAGACUUGCCAAAAAUCUGUAUCUCUUUAUGUAGAUUAGUGCAAAACAACAAAUGGGUAAUAAUGGGAGUAUUAUUACUGAUAUUUAUUAGUGUUAACUUAUUGAAUGGAGCAUCAUAUAAGACAAAAACGCAUGCAAAACAAAUUUAACCUUAAUGUAAUUGUAGAUUAUAACUUAAAAUUUAGUACUUCAACUUCUUUAACAGUUUUUCUCUUGGAUUGCUAAGUAAAGAAAAUCAUUACAUUGCUUAUCAAAUCUUUUUGGUGAAGAAAUAUUUAAAACUAAAAUAGAAAAUUAAAAUUGCAUCACAAUAAUUGAAUUGCUCAUUAUUAAACAAACAUUAUUAAAUAUCUUUUUAAUACUUGAAUCUUUUCUCAUAUAGACUGUUCUUCAAGCAUUUUAUGUGUUUCCAUACACAUUUUAGUCUUUUAUUCCAGUUUAAUUGGAGAGCAACAAUUUUCAAAUGGCACGAAAAAGGGAUUUUUUUUUUCUAGUGAGAUUUUGGACUUUAGAACUUUUUUUAGUUCAUAUUUGUGACCAAAAUGUGUGUGUAAUUUCUUAAAGUAUUUGUGUUUUUAAUAUAAAGGGUUUGGGGCAAGUACGGUCUUGUACAGAAAGUAUGUACACACUUGCUUAAGCAAAUUUAAUUUAGGAAAAAUCUUCAGCUCCAUCAGUACUCAUUCUUUUACUGCAGUUUGUGCCAAACUAUUCCUUUUUAGUCUGGGUUACGGGGUGCUACUAUUUUGAGGUGGGUGUAAUUCACCAGUGUUAUUUACGCAAUUUCUGUUAAACUGUCACCCAUGUAACAGUAUAUUAUAUACUGCGUGUAUGCACAUGUUUUAUGUAUUAAAAAUGUGCACUUGUCAUUUUAUUCAUAUACAAUAUAAAAUAGGUUGCACACUCAUGUCUUGAUAUAUGAUAUUAAUGCAUUCCAGGGGUCUGAUAAUUCAGAUUUCAGAACCUGUUUUUCCUGUGAGCACAAUGUUAAUUGUUGCCUGCAGUUCAUGGCGUGCGGCUAUGAAUGUAUGGAAGUACAGGUCAAACCAUACUUUCAAACAUGGCCCUGUGGGAAGAUUUUUAAAAAAUCAUGGUUAAGUAAAUCUGUUUGUCACAGUGCAUUAUUGCUCUAUCAAUGUUUUGGUGGUGAUCAUUAGAGUAGCUUCUGUUGGCACUUUGUCUUGCACUGCACCAAGUUCAGUUCUUUAGGACUUCUGCCUUGGAAACUUGUAUUGCUAUGUUUUAUACAAAUUUAACUUCCAUUGUUGAAGUCUUGUUACUAAUUCCAAUCUCCCAUUUCAGAUUCGGACUCCUCUUUCAUCCUUGUAAUUUUGGGCAAGUUAUAAGAUUCAAUGUUAGGAGGAUAGUACAUUUCACUCGUUGAAAUCAAUGAUUUUAACAAACAAUUCAAUUUGCCACUCUGUCUUUCUGUUCACUUCUUUAUUUGUAUGUUAUAGCUUAUGCUAUCAUUUUCAUUUUCCUUAUUUAAAAAGCUUGUUAUGGUUAAACCUUUUGAAAUUGAUUUUUAUAAUUGUAUCGCAAGACAUGAAUGUUAUUUAUAUCCAGCAAAAUCUACAUAAAAUGUUGCUAUCUUAAAUUGUCAUAAAAUGAAAACAGUGGUGCUGAGCUGUACAAAGAAAAAAAAAAAAGUUGGUUUAAUUAUUUCUCCCAUUAUUUGAAUAACAUUAAAAUUUAGGGUUCUUUUUACGGGGGUGUUUAAAGGUUCUUUUUGUUAAUUAUGCACUUGCUUUGCUAGGCGUGCAUUUAAGUAUUCAUGCUAUAUGUGUGUAUUUUUUUUUUUUUUGUCUUUUGGUAAUAAUGCUGCAAGGUCAAACUGGCUUCUCUUGAGGGGGGAGUUGUUGCAUUCUGCAAUAAAUUGUGGCAUAGACCACUUAGAUGCAUUUAA